UUAAAGAAACACUAAAAUAACGGAGAAAAAGAAUGUCAAGAAAUAUUAGCAUAUGUGUGUUUGUGUUGCUAUGUGCCUUUGCGGCCAAAGCAGCCGCUCAAUCCGCUCCUAGCGUAAGAGCAACUUACCAUUUCUACAAUCCUGCACAAAACAACUGGGAUCUUUACCGAGUAAGUGCGUAUUGCUCAACGUGGGAUGGGAACCAACCGCUUGAGUGGCGUCAGAGGUACGGCUGGACUGCUUUCUGUGGUCCAGUUGGACCGACCGGUGGUGACUCUUGCGGUAAAUGCUUAAGAGUAACGAAUACUGCGACAAGAGCACAAGCAACGGUGAGAAUCGUUGAUCAGUGUAGUAACGGCGGUUUGGACUUAGACGACGGCGUUUUCAAGCAGCUUGAUACUGAUGGUCAGGGAUACGCUCGUGGGCACUUGAUUGUCAGUUACGAGUUUGUCAACUGCUGAAGAUCUUCAUCAGGUUCAUCUAUUAAUGAUAUUCUUUUCAUAUAUAUAGCGCAUAUAUAUCUCCUUAUUAUAUAUAUAUGCUAAUAAGACGAAAAUAAAUGCCACCAUGUCUUAUCUUUCAUAAAAAAAUAAAAUAAGGUAUGUGGAAAUUAUAUUUGUUAAGGAAUAAAGUGAUAAUUGGGUUUUAAUAUAACGGUUAAUCUAUGCAAAUAUUUGCAUCCGUAAGUUACAUACCGGCGACAGCAAGGAAGUAAUCAAAUUUGAUAUCCAUUCACUGAUCCAAAAAUUCCGAAUACUUAAAAAUUGGGACCCCGUACGAUGCGAUAACCCCUAAAGACUAAAGAGACAUAACAUAUAUACAUCUGUCCCCUCUAAUAAAUGAUCAAUCUUAUUUCCUCUUAAAACUUCCAAUUUCCACCACAAAGCUCGCAAAGCCGCCAUAGACAUCUCCACACAGACUAGUCAUCCAUUGAAUAUUCAUACCCUAACAAAAUUAUUCACAAUGUGACAAAAUAUUUUGGUAUAGCAAUUUAGUAAACAAAAAAAAGAACAUGUAUCAAUGAUCCCUUUGCAUAUUCCUUACACAAAUAACUAAAUAUUUUCAAACCAAGAAUAUUCAAGCGAGCAA